AUGGCCGCUCCUGAGAUCCCCGCGAAGCAAAAGGCUGUCGUCUUUGACCAGCCCGGAACCGUCUCGACCAAAGUCGUGGAGAUUGACGUCCCUGAGCCUGGUGCUGGGGAAGUUCUAAUUAACCUGACACACUCUGGCGUCUGUCAUUCUGACUAUGGCAUCAUGACCAACACUUGGGACAUGCUCCCAGCCCCAACUCAGCCUGGCCAAGUCGGAGGCCACGAAGGCGUAGGCAAGAUCGUCAAGCUCGGUGCCGGCACCGAGGGUUCCGGCCUCAAAAUCGGCGAUCGCGUCGGUAUCAAAUGGGUCUCUAGCGCCUGUGGCAACUGCCAACCCUGCCAAGUCGGAUUCGACGGACUGUGCUUCAACCAAAAAGUCUCCGGCUACUAUACCCCAGGCACAUUCCAACAAUACGCCGUGGGCCCAGCAAACUACGUAACCCCGAUCCCAGACGACCUCGACUCCGCCCAGGCAGCCCCCAUGCUCUGCGCAGGUGUCACCGUCUACGCCGCCCUAAAACGCAGCAACGCCCGACCAGGCCAAUUCGUCAUUAUCUCCGGCGCAGGUGGCGGGCUGGGCCACAUCGCCGUGCAACUCGCGAGUAAGGGCAUGGGGCUGCGCGUCAUCGGUAUCGACCACGGCAGCAAGGCCGAGCUCGUCAAAGCCUCGGGCGCCGAGCACUUCAUCGACAUCACCCAGUUCCCCUCUGACGACAAUGGCGCCGCGUUGCAGAAACAUGUGCAGUCGUUGACUGAUGGACUAGGCGCACAUGCGGCUGUCGUCUGCACAGCUGCGAAUGCCGCGUAUGCGCAGGCUCUGCCUUUGCUGAGGUUUGCUGGGACGCUGGUUUGUGUUGGGAUUCCGGAGAAUGAGCCCAAGGCCAUUGCGACGGCGUUCCCUUCUUCGUUUAUCAAUAAGCAUUACACCAUUACCGGGUCUGCGGUCGGUAAUCGAACGGAGGCGGUUGAGACGUUGAAGUUUGCGGCUAGGGGGAUUAUUAAGGCUCAUUAUCGCAUUGAGAAAAUGGAUGCGCUUACUGAGGUUUUCCAGCAGAUGGCUGAGGGGAAGUUGCAGGGCCGUGUUGUGCUGGAUUUGUCUGGUUAG